AUGUCUUCAAAUUCCACGGCCCACCAGGGCCCAUUCUUAAGCCCGACCAUAAUAACCAAUAAUCCGGGCAGAGAGCGUUCACUAUCCGUUUCAUCAGCAGCAGCUUCCUCUUCAUGUCCCAGUCCGACAUGCACCGAUUUCAUCCAUAGUCCAUCUUCAUCUCUAUCCCCUGAGAUGGCAUGGAAUCAAAUUCAAGACCCAAACCAUCUAAGCGUACACCACGCACAUCGACCCUCCCAGUCCAUCGACGGAGAUACCCUGCGUCCACGCUCGGACUCCUUCGUGUCAAAUACAGAUACAGUGGUACGCUCCAGAACAAGCUCUGAUGUUAGCGACGCAGCCAAAUUAUUAUAUGACGACGUUACGCUCUCUGAAGCAUUGCGGCCUGAUCCUCGUGAAGAAGCCGAUUUCCAUGUCCAAGAUAACCGGUUUGCGUUUUCUCCCGGGCAGUUGAAUAAAUUGCAGAAUCCGAAGUCUCUCGCUGCUUUUCAUGCUCUUGGGGGCUUGCAAGGUCUUGAACGUGGUUUGAGGACGGAUCUUAAUGCGGGGUUAUCGGUUGAUGAAGGUUCGUUGGUUGGAUUUGUUGAGUUUCAGCAGGUUACUCCGCCUUUAUACAAUCGGCGGCUUUCGAGUAAGGCUCUUGAUGAGAAGAUUGAGGUGCCGAGUACGGGGAAGAGUGGAGAUGGAUCACCGUUUGAGGACCGGGUGAGGGUCUUUGGGAAGAAUAAACUACCUGCUCGGAAGUCAACGGGGUUUUUUAAGUUGUUUUGGAUUGCAUAUAAUGAUAAGAUUAUUAUCCUGCUGACUAUCGCUGCGAUUGUGUCGCUGUCCUUGGGCAUCUAUGAGACUGUUGAUGAUGGGACUGGUGUGGAGUGGGUGGAGGGGGUUGCUAUUUGCGUUGCCAUUUUGAUUGUUACUGUUGUCACGGCUGCCAAUGAUUGGCAGAAGGAAAGACAGUUUGCUAAGCUCAAUAAGCGGAAUGAUGAUCGGGAUGUCAAAGUUCUUCGCUCGGGAAGGUCUAUGAUGGUAUCUGUAUACGACAUCAUGGUUGGUGACGUCCUUCACUUGGAAGCUGGUGACUCUAUCCCGGCAGAUGGGAUUUUGAUCUCAGGACAUGGUGUGAAAUGUGACGAGUCAUCUGCGACUGGUGAGUCUGAUCAGAUGAAGAAGACAGAUGGCAACGAAGUCUGGCAGCAAAUCAUCGAGGGUAGGGCUACCAAGAAGCUCGACCCUUUUAUGAUUUCUGGUAGCAAGGUUCUGGAAGGCGUUGGUACCUACCUGGUUACUAGCGUUGGGCCAUACUCUACAUAUGGUCGUAUCAUGCUCUCCUUGCAGACUUCCAAUGACCCAACGCCACUCCAGGUGAAGUUGGGUCGCUUGGCUGAUUGGAUUGGUUAUUUGGGCUCAGCCGCUGCAAUUAUACUGUUUUUGAUCUUGGUCUUUCGAUUUAUUGCCGAUCUUCCGAAUAACCAUGGCACACCCGCUGCCAAGGGCAAGGAGUUUGUGGAUAUUCUCAUUGUCGCUGUGACCGUUAUAGUUGUCGCCAUUCCAGAGGGUCUUCCAUUGGCUGUCACUUUGGCUUUGGCGUUCGCUACCACUCGCAUGGUCAAGGAGAACAACCUUGUCCGCGUCCUUCGAGCAUGCGAAACAAUGGGAAAUGCUACAGUCAUCUGUUCGGAUAAAACAGGAACCCUGACCCAAAACAAGAUGACUGUAGUUUCUGGUACCUGGGGCUCAAGUCAUAGUUUCAGCCAGUCUGAACUUGAUUUUAGCAAUGGUAACAAACAAAUGAGCAUCGCAGAGACUUUUAAGAAGUUAUCCGCCCCGGUGCGGGAUCUCAUUGUCAAAAGCGUUGCUUUGAACUCCACGGCAAUCGAGGAGAAUAAGAAUGGCCAAAAAGAGUUUCUGGGCAGUAAGACCGAAGUCGCUCUACUACAGAUGGCUCAGGAUCAUCUAGGCAUGGACCUUGUUUCAGAACGUGGAUCUGCUGAGAUUGUUCAACUUAUUCCGUUCGAUUCGGCGCGGAAGUGUAUGGGUAUUGUUUACCGACAUUCGACCGCGGGAUACCGUCUCCUUGUCAAGGGUGCUUCGGAAUUGAUGGUUGACGCUUGUUCCGGGCAGAUUACAGAUCUUGACGCCUGUACAGAUUCAUUACACACCGACUCGCUCUCCGACACAGACAGACGGGUCAUCCUGGCGACCGUUGAUCAAUACGCUCAAGGUUCUCUCCGUACUAUUGGAGUCGUCUACAGAGAUUUUCCUUCUUGGCCUCCGCAGAGCGCUAAGAGACUGGAAGAUGACCCAUCUGCCGCAAGCUUUGACGAUAUCUUCCACGACAUGACCUGGAUUGGUGUUCUGGGAAUCCAAGAUCCACUACGACCUGAAGUCCCACCUGCCAUUCGCAAAUGUCACUCUGCAGGAGUCCAGGUUAAGAUGGUAACAGGCGACAAUGUUGCAACAGCCACAGCUAUUGCAUCCGCUUGUGGAAUCAAAACUGAGAAUGGCCUCGUUAUGGAAGGCCCCAAGUUCCGGCAGCUAUCAGACGAAGAAAUGAAUGAAGUUAUUCCUCGCCUUCAGGUUCUGGCGCGUUCUUCCCCCGAAGACAAGCGCAUUCUUGUUGAGCGACUGAAGCUUCUUGGUGAGACCGUCGCUGUUACUGGUGAUGGAACCAACGAUGGACCUGCUCUGCGGACUGCGGAUGUCGGGUUCUCCAUGGGUAUUGCCGGGACCGAAGUCGCCAAGGAGGCUAGCUCGAUUAUUCUACUCGAUGACAAUUUUCGAUCGAUUGUCACGGCUAUUGCAUGGGGUCGGGCUGUCAAUGAUGCUGUGGCCAAAUUCCUGCAGUUCCAGAUCACAGUGAAUAUCACCGCUGUGAUCUUGACUUUUGUAUCUUCUGUGUAUAGCAGCUCAAACCAGAGUGUUUUGAAUGCUGUGCAGUUACUCUGGGUUAAUCUUAUCAUGGAUACAUUUGCUGCCUUGGCUUUAGCCACGGAUGGCCCAACAGAAAAUAUUCUAGAUCGAAAGCCUGUUCCAAAAAGGGCAUCGCUUUUCACUCUAACAAUGUGGAAGAUGAUUCUUGGGCAAUCUGUUUACAAAUUAGCCGUGACAUUUAUGCUGUACUUUGCUGGCGAUCAAAUCCUCAACGCUCACCUUGUUUCCGACGACCCAGCACUCCGCGCCAAACAGCUUUCUACAGUUGUCUUCAACACAUUCGUGUGGAUGCAAAUCUUCAACGAGCUAAACAACCGCCGCCUCGAUAACCAUUUUAACAUCUUCGAAGGCAUGUUCCGUAACUACUGGUUCCUGGGAAUCAAUACCCUCAUCGUCACAGGACAAGUCAUGAUUGUAUUUGUUGGAGGCCAGGCAUUCGGUGUCACCCGACUCAACGGCACUUUAUGGGCAGUUUGUCUGGUAUGUGGUUUCGGAUGUCUGCCAUGGGCGGUGGUUCUGCGCCUCAUUCCCGAUCGUCAUUUUGGUCUUGUCUUCAAUGCCAUUGUUGGAGCGUUUGCAUUUAUUCUCAGGCCACUAUUGAUAGCCUGGAAUGCUUUUGUUCGUGGGUUGAAAGUGUUAUUUCAACCCGUGACACGUUUUUACCGUCGAGUCUUUUCCCGCCGGCAUGUGGAGCCUAGUGAGUCUUCUGUUCAGGCAUCAUCGGGCUCUCCUGUUGAUGAGGAGAAUCCUGCGGAGCCGAAACUGGUUCGACGGGAGUCUCCUGAGCGUCCUUCCACACCACCGGCGAUAUCAGUUCCCCCUAUUACUGUGACAGUUUCACCAUAG